ACCCUAGGCCUGCUGUCUGUUUUCAGUAGACGGAGAGAGAGGAAGCAACAUGGCGGCCAUGAGCGACCCGAAGCGGGACGCCGGCCGUUCGUUCUGAGCUUUCUGCCGUUACCCGAGUCCGGGGCUCAGUGGGACUUUUGCUACGGAUUAUACUGAACUUCAGCUUUCUGGCAGUGCCCAAAAUCCGGGGUUUCGUCUGAGAUAAUUGCACGCAAAAACGGAUCUAGAAAAUAAUAGAUUUUAUAUAUAAUGAGGGGGAGAAGAGGCAGGCCGCCCAAAACCCAACUGAUGCAGGAGCCCUCCUCUGGACCUGUGCGGGGUCUCAGACCCAGACGUGGGUUAAGGGCAAAGGGUAGAGGUACUGAUGAGGUCGAUUUUGAGAUUCCCAAGAGAGGAAAUUACCAUUCAACCAGGGGCAGGAGGAGAGUGGGAUCAACCACGGUAUCAAGGGGUAGAGGAAGGGGCAGAGGUGGUGGCAGAGGCAGGGGAAGAGGGAGAGGUAAGCGAUCUGCUGCUAGUAGUCUGAUAGUGUAUGAUGACCAUGAAAGUGACGAUGAAGAUGCCGAAAGUCUGAGAUCAGAUGAAGAAGAAUACGUCGACGAAGAGCCUAUAACAGACGAAGAAGAGGAGGCCAUCGAUGAUGAGUCGGACUACCCUGAGGAAAUACCCGAGGAGGACGACGAUGAUGCUAGCUACUGUACCGAAAGCAGCAGCCACGGUAGUGCACAAGGCCGUAGGAAGACGCGGGUGGUGCGCCCUCGCUCUCCCGUCUUCGAGGAAGUGGAGAUCCCUGCUUUGGAGCUGCCCAGAUCCUCGGAGGACCUCCUCAUCCCGGCCGAGCAGCUGCUCAAUGCGGCGGCCAUCUACGAGGUGCUGCGCAACUUCAGCACCGUUCUACGCCUCUCGCCAUUCCGCUUCGAGGACUUCUGCGCCGCGCUGGCCGGCCAGGAGCAGUGCACGCUUGUUGCCGAGACACACGUCUCCCUGCUCAAGGCCAUCCUGCGCGAGGAGGACUCGUCCAACACCACCUUCGGCCCGGCCGACCUCAAGGACAGUGUCAACUCCACGCUCUACUUCAUCGACGGCAUGACGUGGCCCGAAGUGGUGCGCGCCUACUGUGAGAGCGACCCUGAGUACCGGCCGGCGCUGCGCUACCAGCAGGCCGAGGGCUACCCCUUCGAGCCGCUCGAGUCCAAGGUGAAGGUGCUCCAGUUCCUGGUGGACCAGUUCCUGACCACCAACCUGGCGCGCGAGGAGCUAUUGUCGGAGGGCACGGUGCAGUACGAUGACCACUGCCGCGUGUGCCACCGGCUGGGCGACCUGCUCUGCUGCGAGACCUGCUCGGCCGUCUACCACCUGGAGUGCGUCAAGCCGCCACUGGAGGAGGUGCCCGAGGACGAGUGGCAGUGCGAGGUGUGCGUGGCGCACAAGGUGCCCGGCGUCAGCGACUGCAUCACCGAGGUGCAGAAUAGCCGGCCGUACAUUCGCCAGGAGCCCAUUGGCUACGACCGGCACAGUAGGAAAUACUGGUUCCUCAACCGCAGGAUCAUUAUUGAGGAAGACGGAGAACAUGACGACAAAAAGAUCUGGUACUACAGCACAAAGGUCCAGCUGGCCGAACUCAUCGACGUGCUGGACAGAGAGUACUGGGAGAGCGACCUGUGCUCCGUGCUAGACGAGCUGAGGGAGGAGAUCCACAGCCACAUGGCUAUCACAGAGGAGCUCACCAACAAGGCCCGGAACAACAACCGCUCCUACCUGGAGGCUGCCAACGACGAGAUCAUGGAGCGUCGGAAGACCAAGGAGGAAGCAGAGCUGGAGGAGGUGAAGCGUUGUGCGACCGAGGAGGCUGAGAAGGCUCGGCAGGGGUCAGAGGUCGGGGACGCCUCCGCUGAUGGUGCAGACAGGGAACAGGACAAGACUGUUUGUGGCAUGGACCAGCAGACCUCUGGAGAGCCCACCUCUGCUGAAGCUCCCUCUACUGGAGUGGAUGAUAGCAGUCCCAGCGCUAGUAGUGCUUUUGACCAGCCUAAACCCACUUCUCCAGUGGCUCCGAACUCCACCUCCACCUCCACCAAAUCCGUUUCCACCGGUCCUGAAAAAGGGGCACAAGAUGGCCCCUCUCAGGCAGAGGAGACUGGAAACGAUGGGUCGGCCAGUACAGACGCAGACAAGGAACCGGCAGAUAAGUCCUCAGAGAAAGCAUCUCUUGGGGAGGAGAGUGCCGCCCUGCAGUCUGUUGAUGAGAAUAGCUGCAGCAGCCAUGUGUCUGCUUCAGACCCUCCCAGGGGGCCAGAAGAACCUGACCUGGCUGACCGCUCCUCUCGCUCCUCCUUCACCAGCCUUGACGACCAAGGAGAAGGCAAGGCGAAUGGAGAGUCUGGGAAGGGUGGCUCUGCCACACGCAUAGUGACCCGCCUGCGGAACCCUGACAGUAAGCUGAGCCAGCUCAAGAGUCAACUGGGCCCUACAGACGGCACCAAAACAUCCAAAGAGUUUCCUGCAUUCGGAGAGGGAUCUCGUUUUGGCAGUGUCAGAAAAGACUUGAUGCCAAAGGGCAACCUCAACACCUUCUUCAAGCUGGGUCAGGAGGGCAAGUACCGUGUCUACCAGAACCAGUACAGCACCAACACCGUAGCUCUCAAUAAGCACCAGCACCGUGAGGACCAUGACAAGCGGCGGCACUUAUCACACAAGUUCUGCAUGACGCCCGCCGGCGAGUUCAAGUGGAACGGCUCAGUUCAUGGCUCCAGGGUGCUGACCGUCUCCACGCUGCGCCUUACCAUCAUCCAGCUGGAAACCAACAUCCCUGCACCCUUCCUACACCCAAACUGGGCCUCGCACAGGACAAACUGGACUAAAGCAGUCCAGAUGUGCAGCAAGGCCAGGGAGUUUGCUCUGGCGCUUGCCAUCCUGGAGUGUGCCAUCAAACCAGUUGUCAUGCUGCCAGUGUGGAAGGAUGCAUUGGGCCACACACGGCUACAUCGCAUGACCUCCAUGGAGCGUGAGGAGAAAGAGAAAAUGAAGAAGAAGGAGAAGAAACUGGAGGAUGAGGAGACCUUACAACAGGCCACCUGGGUCAAGUACACAUUUCCCAUCAAGCAUCAGGUAUGGAAGCAGAAAGGGGAGGAGUACAGAGUAACUGGCUAUGGAGGCUGGAGCUGGAUCAGCAAGACGCACGUCCAUCGAUUUGUGCCCAAGUUUCCUGGCAACACAAAUGUCAAUUAUCGCAAAAAUUUCCCCAGUGAUAAUAAAGACAAGCAGAAAGAAGAGAAAGACUUGGCAGCCUCAAACACGGACUCCGAAGUCCAGAAGACAGAAGUCUCACCUGAGAGUGCAGCAGAGAAGGAUGAGGACCAAAAACCUACCCCUGAAUCCCCUGCAGAAGAUUCUUCAGUAGAGGAACAGACAAGAAAAGAGAACAACGAAGGGGAGCCACAGACCAAGGAUCGAACAGAAGUACAGGAAGAGACUGGGGAGAAGGCCAACGGCCAUGCAAAAGAAGAGGAAGCAGAGAAGAUGGACGUGGACCCCAGUACACCUGACUCCUGCAGUAACAAAGAGAAAGACAAGAUAAGCAGGACAGGCUCACCGGCUCCAGGUGAAGAGCAUGCCGUGAAGGAGGAGCCAGAGGGGGAGGAAGUGCCCAAUCCCAGCAGAGUGGGACCCUCGUUACCCUUCAACCAUGACGUGGUGAACGUCAGUGAAGGAUUCCAGUUGCGGACCGCCUACAAGAAGAAGGUGAAGACCUCCAAACUGGACGGGCUGCUGGAGAGACGUGUUCGGCAGUUCACCCUGGAGGAGAAGCAGAGACUUGAACGCCUUAAGAUGAGUGAACUCGCUGGAAACAAAUCUGUGAAGGAAACGUUAAGCAGUCAGGCAAACGUAAGGGUGUCAUCAGGUGAUACCAUAAAGGCAGAAGAAGCAGUCAACACCAAAGAGCAAGAGAAAUCCCUGCCAAUUCAGGUGGAGGAGAAGGAAUCUUUGAAUGUAGAGACGGAGAAGGAUCCUGUGGUCCAAAGGCUAGAAUUUGACCAAGAAGAGGCGAAGGUAAAAUCUGGAGUAGCAGCAGAACAGAAAGACAGUGAGAGUACUCCGGCUACUACUGGGGAAAUUCAGACCCCAUCAGAAACCAGUCAGACACAAAUGAACUCUGGGUGUGUAAAUGACAAUGUUUCGAUAGCCUCCACAGCUUCUGAUGGUCAUGGGAGCAAUGAUCAGAGCAAUGGGAGAUCAGAGAGGCCCAGUGAACUUAACGGGGGCUCCCAAGAAGCCCUCAACCCAUCUCCCAGCCAGAAUGUUACACCAAACUCCCUUAUGGAGGCACCAAGCGUUAAGUCUGAAGGGACCGCGCAGAUGGUGUUGGGAGAAAAUGGUAAUAAGCACACGGGUGAAGGUAAUGAGCGCUGUGUGGUGAAAGAUGAAGGAGAAAGUAUGGAUGUGCAUGAAAGAGAUUAUGUUAGAACUGAGAACUCGGGGCUUUUGCAGGUCAACGGGAAUGAGGCUCCUGUAUUUCACAACAAAGCAUCAACUCUGAUGGACCUAGCUAGCAAUGUGACUUCUAACGUAGAGCCCACCACUUUGGGAGGGGGGAUUAAUGCAAAGGACCCCCUAAAGCCUCUAACAAAUGGAGAUGCAGUAACUCUGGACUCACGGAAAGAGAACACUAACAGCCUGGAAAACAAAGCCGAGAGGACAGCCACUGAAUUGGCCUCUGACUGCCCGAUUCCUCAAAAGGUAUCUCGUCUGGAGAAUAAUGUGGAUGAGGCAUCUGCUGACUCUACUGUAACAUCUUCUGGUCUUGAAGGUCGCACAGAAACUCCAGAUACGACCAAGAUGGAGGUAGACGUCACCAAGCUAAAACAACUGGCACCCUCUCCGGUGACUUCCAUGGAGGAGUCCAGCCUCAGCAGUGAUGCUGCAGAGAAUGGUGGCGGCAACAGCAGUGGCAGCAGCAACUCGGCGGAACGCAAAACAACGCUUACACAGGUCACCACAACAACCACCACCUCCAGCACCACAACGGUAUCCACGGUGCAGAUCGACGAGGUCACCAGUAGUAGCAGUGUACCGCCGGUACCUGAGCCGAAGGUCGAGGCCAGCAGCACCACAUCCACUCUCACCACCACCACCACUGUUACCAAAGUCACAAACCCAGCCUCCGGAACAGUAGUCACAGAUCAGAAGAAAGCCGUUGUCUCUGUGACCGUCACAAACACCAAGUCUGGUCCCUCAGGCUCAUCUACGACCUCCAUGACUGUGAGCAAAGAGUAUUCCACCAGGGACCGAGUAAGGCUACUCAAGUUCUCGCGCUCAAAGAAGUCUCGUUCGGGAACAGCCUUACCUUCGUACCGCAAGUUUAUUACCAAGAGUAGCAAGAAGAGCAUUUUUGUUUUGCCCAAUGAUGAUCUGAGAAAAAUGGCUAGGCGAGGAGGUAUUCGCGAGGUGCCCAUCUUCAACUACAAUGCCAAGCCUGCCCUAGAUAUCUGGCCUUACCCUUCUCCCAGGCCUACAUUUAGCAUUACCUGGAGGUAUCGCUUGCAGACAGUGAGGUCCCUUGCAGGGGUCAGCCUCAUGCUAAGGCUGCUGUGGGCUUGUCUGAGGUGGGACGACAUGGGGGUAAAGCCAGCCCCUGCUGUGGGCACCACCCGCACGGAGACUUCAGACACUGAGAUCACCACAACAGAGAUCAUCAAGCGUAGAGAUGUGGGGCCUUAUGGCAUCCGCUCAGAGUACUGCAUCCGCAAGAUCAUUUGUCCCAUCGGGGUCCCAGACACACCUAAAGAGUCUCCUACACCCCAGAGGAAGGGCCUUCGCUCCAGUGCUCUGCGACCCAAGAAGCCGGAGCCGACCAAGCAGACGGGCCCGGUGGUGGUGGAGACCUGGGUGGCUGAGGAGGACCUGGAGCUCUGGGAGAUCAGAGCAUUUGCUGAAAGGGUGGAACGGGAAAAGGUGCAGUCGUCUGAACAGGCUAAGAAGCGCCUGGAACAGCAGAAGCCAGGGGCAGUUGGCACCACCGCCGCCCCCUCCACACCCACCACUGGCACCCCCCAGAAGAUCACUGUGGGCUCCCUCACGGGCACAGUCACCCCCGGGACCAAAGUGGUUCUGGCCACUAAGAUGGGCACACCUGUGACAUUCCAGCAGAACAAGAACUUCCAGCAAUCGUUUGCCACCUGGGUCAAGCAGGGGCAGACUAGUCAAGCGUCCACCAGCCCUGUCGCUACAGUAGUGGGCAGCGUGACCACCUCUGGGCAAGCGUUCCAGGUGGCGGCCGCACCGGUGUCCAUGGCCGGCAAAGUGAUCACUGCCACUCUGCCCUUGCCAACCAGCGGAAAGAUAGUCACUGUCAAUGUGCCGUCCACGCAAGGAGGUGUGGUCCAGGUGCAGCAGAAGGUGGUGGGCAUCAUCCCCAGCAGCAGCCCGGGUACUGCCCAGUCCUUCACCGCUUUCCAGCCCCGCACAGCCACCAUCAACAUCCAGCCCAACACCGUCACCUCCACACAGCAGGUGAUCACCACAGGAACCCCCCUCCGUCCCGGUAUGACGGUGAUCCGCUCACCCCUGCAACAGACCACCACGCUGGGCAAAACCAUUAUCCGCACACCCCUGGUUGUCCAGCAAGGUCAGACGCAGCAGGUGGUCACUCAGAUCAUCCGCGGCCAGCCAGUGUCCACUGCUGUGACCAGCUCCAGUGCCAGUACCAUGCUGGCGGGUGGCGGCGUGCAAAGGAUGGCGGGAGCCGUGGCCUCCCCGCGUGCUGUGACUCCUGCCACCCCCGUUCAGUCUCCGGGGCCCCAAGUGGCCCAGCCUGGCCCCAGGCCCCAGCAGGCCCAGGUCAAACUGACACUGGCUCAGCUCACGCAGCUUACCCAGGGAGCACAGGGUGGAAAUCAGGGUCUGACCGUGGUGAUUCAGGGUCAGGGCCAGACGACUGGUCAGCUGCAGCUCAUCCCCGCCGGCGUGACGGUCAUCCCCAGCCCGGGGCAGCAGCUCAUGCAGGCGGCCAUGCCCAAUGGCCAGGUGCAGCGCUUCCUCUUCACGCCCAUGCCACCCACGCCCAGCCCAGCCUCCACACAGGCGGCCACCCCCACGCCCGCAACCAGCAUCCCUGCUGCCCCUGCCACCUCCACAGCUGCAGUGCCAGGUCUUCAGCCUGAUCAGAGAGUGUUGCAGCCUCAACCUGCCUCCUCUGGACCCCCUCCCCUCGGCCCGAUGCAGCCCCCCCCACAGAUGGCUGUCCCCACCCAGGCCCCUGUCCCGACACCCAUCCCAGCGUCUGUGCCGGCACUUGCCCCCACACCCUCCUCGAUGUCCAUGUCUGUUUCUCCAGUAUCCUCACUGCCUCCAGCCCAGGUUCUCGCCCAGACUCCCACCUCUGUCCCCGUGUCUGUCCCCGUGUCUGUACCUGUGUCUGUCCCUGUGUCUGUCCAGCAGCAGCCUCAGUUUGUGGCCCAGCCACAGCUCCAGUUCCAGCACCAAUCCCUGCAAUCCCUGCAACCCCAGCAGCAGCAGCAGCAGCAGCAGCAGCAGCAGCUGGCACAGGUGCAGGUGUCCACAGCAGCAGCCCACACUCUGGGCACCUUUACGGUCGCCUCGACGAUGGGCCAGACAGUGGUCAGCCAGGCCCAGCUUCAGGUCCAGCCUCGGCCGGUCCUGGCUGCGGCUCCUGCUGCCGCCCCUGCCCCUGUGCCCGUCCACGCCCAGGUGCAGGUCCAGGCUUCCUCCUUGCAGCAGCAGCAGCAGCAGCCCCAGGCGACAGCGGGGACAGCUCACCCCCUCCAGGCUCAGGUCCAGGUGCAGGUGCGCCCGUCGCUGCAGCUCCACCAGCAGCUCAUCGCCGUGCCAGGCAUCCAGCAGCAGGUGCUCUCCCAGAUCCAGAGCCAGGUGGCCGCCCAGCUGCAGCAGCAAGGCGGCGGCGUCCCCCAGCAGAUCAAGCUCCAGCUGCCCAUCACCAUCCAGCAGCAGCCUGCCGCCGCUUCCCCUGUCCAGCAGCAACAUCAUCAUCAUCAUCAACAGCAGCAGCAGCAGCAGCAACAGACAGUGGUCAGCGUCGGGGGCCAGGUGCAGAACGUGGUCACCAUCCAGGCGGCCAGCGUACAGGAGCAGCUCCAGCGCAUGCAGCAGCUGAGGGACCAGCAGCAGCAGCUGCAGCUGAAGAAGAGGCAGCAGCAGGAGGCCAAGAGGGAGCAGCAGGCCCAGCAGGCCACCAGCCAGGGAGACCUCCUCCAGAAGCAGGUGGUGAUGAAGCAGAAUGCAGUUAUAGAGCACUUAAAACAGAAGAAGACUGUUUCCCCUGAGGAGAGAGAGGAAAACCAGAGGAUGAUCGUGUGCAACCAGGUGAUGAAGUUCAUCCUGGACAAGAUUGACAAGGACGAGAAGCAGGCAGCUAAGAAGAGGAAGCGGGAGGAGUCGGUGGAGCAGAAGCGCAGCAAGCAGAACGCCUCCAAACUCUCCGCACUGCUCUACAAGCACAAGGAGCAGCUCAAGGCUGAGAUCCUCAAGAAGAGAGCCCUGCUAGACAAGGACCUGCAGAUAGAAGUGCAGGACGAGCUACGCAAAGACCUGGGCCGGAUGCGGCGAGAGAAGGAGCGAGCCCAGGCUGCCUCGGCCCAGGCAGCACAGGCAGCCGCAGCAGCAGCAGCAGCAGCAGCCAGCACGCAGGCAGCCAGCGCACUCUCCUCGUCCUCCACCCCAACCUCGUCCUCCUCUACGUUCACCUCGCCGUCCGCAGGCCACAAGCGGAAACGUGACGACGAGCGGGAGUCUCCAUCGUCCGGCAAACACAAGAAGAAGAAGAUGAUUUCCACUACCUCAAAGGAUCCCAAGAAGGACACCAAGCUUUAUUGUGUCUGCAAAACACCCUAUGACCAAGCAAAGUUCUACAUUGGCUGUGACCUUUGUUCCAACUGGUUUCAUGGCAAUUGUGUUGGUAUCACUGAAAAGGAGGCCAGAAAAAUGGAGGACUACGUUUGCAGUGAUUGCAAAAGGCAGCAAGAAGGUAGUACUGAGGAGCUGUACUGCAUCUGUCGGACACCGUACGAUGAAGCCCAAUUCUACAUUGGCUGUGACCGAUGCCAGAACUGGUACCAUGGUCGCUGCGUGGGCAUACUGCAGAGUGAAGCCACGGAGAUUGAUGAAUAUGUGUGCCCGCAGUGCCAGUCCACGGAAGAUGCCAUGACCGUUCUCACGCCGCUCACAGACAAGGAUUACGAAGGCUUGAAAAGAAUAUUACGCUGCUUACAGGCCCACAAAAUGGGCUGGCCGUUCUUGGAGCCAGUGGACCCCAAUGAUGCUCCUGAUUACUACGGUGUCAUUAAGGAACCAAUGGAUCUGUCCACAAUGGAGGAGCGACUACAGAGGCGGUAUUACAGCAAACUGACUGAAUUCGUAGCGGACAUGACCAAAAUCUUCGACAACUGCCGCUACUACAACCCAAACGACUCGCCGUUUUACCAGUGCGCCGAGGUGCUGGAGUCCUUCUUUGUUCAGAAACUCAAAGCAUUCAAAGCAAGCAGAUUGUCAUAAGUCAUGCCCAUUAUGACGUUAUGUUCUGGACUCAGAGCUGGAUGCCAGGGGUCAACUUCUAGUUUCAAAUCAUGGGACUUGUUUCAUAAACAGAGGAAAUAUCUAUGUGAUUUCAUAUUUAAGAACCAUUUCAGCUUUUGUGUUUUGUUUUAAUUUCUGAAAGUCACCCAUUACACUCUUUCAAAACAAAACAAAACAAAAAUACUGUUUCGUAAGAAUAAGCCUAACUCCAAAGAUGCCUUCUAUGACAAUCACUGUGUGGCAGCCAUGUUGACUAAGCUACGUGGAAGACAGAUGUAAUCAAGGGAUAUGCUUUUGACUUGUUUCUAUGUUUCUCAUCUCGUGUCUCAUGUCAACCUCUAAUAACAGUACCAGUAAAGUUGACAAUAUUUUGUUUGUCUUUGCUUAAACUCAUCAGUGAAGAAACAUUUAUUUUGAAACUCAUAACUUAAUAUUUAAUGCAAUUGAUUUGUUUUUCCGUUUUUGUUAAGUUGACCCUGAUUGACCCUGACCUGAAGUUGUACAUUUUAUUGUGAGAUCAUUAUCAAAUAGGUUUUGCCAUCUUAGCUCUUCCUCCCUGGACUGAAUUAUGUCUUACCAAGAAAAUAACAGAUCUUACAUGAAUAAAUGUUCAGUAGGCAUGGUUUUAAUUGAAUAAAUACCAUUGCUGACUAGUUUUUUUUUGACAAUUUUAGAUUUUUUGCAUUUUAAUUGUAAAUAGGCCUCUACAACAGAUUAUGCAGAACCUCAAAACCUUUUGGAAAGAUUGUUUUAGGUUUGAAAGGACUUUUGUGGUCAAUAAAUAUUUGUUUAUCUUCAUCAUGUCUUGGAUCCCUCCUAUCAUUGCACAUCACUGUAAUAACUGAAAAAGGCAUUCCCAAUGGAUUACAGCAACAUGGCUGCUCAAGUGACCCCAGACCAUCCAUUAUUUUCAUCCUUUUUGUUUACUUCUACUUCUUUGUUGUGUAAUCCUGUUUUAAGUCAAUAAAGACAUUAUUUCUCA